CGCUUCCCCUCUAACAGAAUGGGGUACCCCUCUGCAGAGCCUUCUGUCUCAAGAGCCCCAGAGGUCAGGGGGAUGGCCUCAGGGAGAGCAGAUUACAGAUUGUAACGAUGGCGCCUCUGGAGCAGGCCGUGGCUGCUGUUGUGUGCACCUUCCAGGAAUAUUCAGGGCCCUGUUGGAGACAAGUAAAACUCUGCCAGGCAGAGCUCAAGGAACUGCUAGAGAAGGAGCUGCCCACCUGGACCCCGACAGAGCUUCGGGAGUGUGACCACAAUAAGUUCAUGAGUGUCCUGGACACCAGCAAGGAUUGCGAGGUGGACUUUGUGGAGUACACGUGCCUGCUUGCCUGCCCCUGCGCCUGCUGCCGUGAGUACUUCAAGAACUGCGCCCUGGCCCCCCACUGCUCCCAGUAA